GUAAUGAGGAUGCUUCCACCAUGCUGAACAAAAUGUAUCAAACCCACAAAGGCUGUGGAGAAAGCAGUAGGCAUGAGGCUUCGACAUCAUUAUUCAGAUCGGACGGUGGAGAUUGUGGGAGGAUGAGUAAUUGGACUAUCAGUUCACUCAUAGUCAACACUCUGUCAGCUUUUUCCAGUAAAAAAGAUAAAAGAAGCUCUCUUGAGCCCCUGUUCAAGGUGGUGAUUCCUUGCAUUUCCCUUCUUCUGAUGUUCAGCUUCUUCUGGAAAAGAUCAGAGCUUCACUUGAAGUGAUUCUUCUUCUCCCCAGUGGUCUAAUCUCACUCUCUUCAAAGACCCUUCUCUUCAUCUUCUCUCCCUGCAACUUCCUUCUGCUAACCUCUCUGGUUCCUUGCCUAAGGAGCUUGGGGAGUUUACUAUGCUCCAAAGUCUCUAUCUCAACAUAAACUCUUUGACUGGACCCAUUCCACUUGAACUUGGUUAUAGCUCCUCUCUUUCUGACAUUGAUUUGAGUAGCAAUCUGUUGAGUGGAGCUCUUCCACCCUCGAUCUGGAAUCUGUGUGAUAAACUUGUUUCUGUCAGGCUUGAUGGGAAUUCAUUAUCUGGGUCUCUGCCUGAGCCGGCUUUACCAGAUUCCACCUGCAAGAGUUUGGAGGCUUUGGAUUUUGGCAACAACCAGAUUUCAGGUACUUUCCCAGAAUUCAUUACUAGAUUUCAGGGCUUGAAAGAGCUUGAUCUUGGGAACAAUUUGUUGUCUGGACAAAUCCCUCAGAGCUUAGGCCAGUUAGAGCUGGAGAAGUUGAACCUUUCAAAUAACAACUUCAGUGGAAUAUUGCCUGUGUUUGGUAAUAACUCAAAGUUUGGUGUGGAGGCUUUUGAAGGGAACAGUCCUGGGCUUUGUGGGGAGCCUUUGAAAAGCUGUGCAGGAGCUUCUCAUUUGAGUUCAGGCGCCAUUGCUGGUCUUGUCAUCGGCUUGAUGACUGGGACGGUUGUUUUAGCUUCAUUGCUUAUUGGUUAUAUGCAAAACAAGAAGAAGAAGAUAACUGAGAGUGAAGAUGAGAUUGAGGAAGGAGAAGAUGAAGAAAACGGGGGCGGCGGUAUCGGCGGCGGCACAGGUGGUGAAGGAAAGCUCAUUUUGUUUCAGGGUGGUGAGCAUUUGACAUUGGAUGAUGUCUUGAAUGCUACAGGGCAGGUUAUGGAGAAAACAAGCUAUGGCACGAUAUAUAAAGCAAAGCUUGCUGAUGGAGGUACCAUUGCUCUGAGACUCCUGAGAGAAGGUAGUUGCAAAGACAGAAACACUUGCUCGUCUGUGAUUAAACAAUUGGGAAAGAUUCGCCAUGAGAAUUUGAUUCCUUUGAGAGCGUUCUAUCAGGGAAAGAGAGGAGAAAAGCUGCUCAUAUAUGACUAUCUGCCGAUCAGAACUUUACAUGAUUUUCUUCAUGAAUCUAGAGCAGGAAAACCAGUGUUGAACUGGGCUAGGAGGCACAAGAUUGCGUUAGGCGUCGCCCGGGGACUAGCUCAUCUUCACACUGGUCUUGAAGUCCCCAUUACACAUGGUAAUGUGAGAUCAAAAAAUGUACUUGUGGACGACUUCUUUACAGUGAGACUGACAGAGUUCGGGCUCGACAAGCUAAUGAUUCCAUCGGUAGCUGACGAGAUUGUAUCGCUUGCAAAGUCGGACGGGUACAAGGCACCAGAGCUGCAAAGGAUGAAGAAAUGCAAUUCAAGAACAGAUGUGUAUGCAUUUGGGAUCUUGCUGUUAGAGAUUCUGAUUGGGAAGAAGCCAGGGAAGAGUGGAAGAAGUGGAGAGUUUGUGGAUCUGCCAUCAAUGGUAAAAGUGGCAGUUCUGGAGGAGACAACAAUGGAGGUGUUUGAUGUGGAGGUUUUGAAAGGGAUUAGAAGUCCCAUGGAAGAUGGAGUGGUUCAGGCAUUGAAGCUCGCAAUGGGCUGCUGUGCACCAGUGGCUUCUGUGAGACCCUCCAUGGAUGAAGUUGUGAAGCAGCUGGAAGAAAACAGACCAAGAAACAGAUCUGCUCUGUACAGCCCAACAGAAACAAGAAGCGAAAUCGGUACCCCUUUUUGAUCCCUUUUAUGUCACUUCAAAAUCAUGAUGAUCUUCACUAAUAUCAUUAUAUUCCACUCUCUUUCACUUUUUCUCUUA